AUGAUGCACUGCCCUAUUUGGGCACGAGCCUGUUCUAGCGCUCGCACUCCCGGUGUACCGGCUUUAAUAUCCCUCCGGGACGCUAGGCUUUUCCAGGAGUCGCUUUCAGCAAAUUCAACACUCGCUACUUUCAAGGAUGCGUAUCAAACAGGCAAGUUCCGUGUAGUUGAGGAUGAAGACAAAGCCAGUGCCGGUUUGAAUUCGAAUCGGUCUCUUCCCAUGCUACAGUUUCCUAAGUACAGAAUUUUUGAGGAAGUCGCAAAAGAUGCUAAAAUCGGCGAAUGGAGGAAGCCGGUGACAAAGUGGGCUAGACUGGCCAAAGCAGUGCUUAAAAUGUACAUGGUGGGGUUAAAGAAUAACUGGUACAUCCGGAAGUCUGCAAAGAAGGUAACCACCAAGUUUGGGACAACUCCAGAGCAAUUUGCGGCAGAGCUGUACAAAGAUAUGACAUUCCAAGAAAUAGAACAUCGAAUCAAAGGACUGAGGCCCGCGCCAUUGCGCAUCAACCGCAGCGAAUUCCAAGAACUACAUAGGCAGAAAGAGUUUUGGAAGAUUCCCGCGUUCUUUGCCCUCUAUGUUGUAUUUGAGGAGUUCUUACCAUUGAUUUGUUACCUCCUACCUUCGAUCGUACCAUGGAAUUGCCUUACGCCAGGAGGGUUCAAAAAGCUAUCAGAUCUACGUGUAUCAUCCAAAAGUUUACUGCCUUUCAAGUCGCAAGACAAGCUUGUUCCAGCCUAUGCCUCGCCUUACUCGGUGCCGCUAGACAAUGUCAUCGGCCUCCUCAGAAGCCACAGAAUGAUUUCGAGGUGGAAGGCUGCCGUCUAUCGCGUCUCAGGAAAUCGGACGCAGCUAUGCGAGUUGCUGACUCAGUUGAGCCAAAACCUUACGCUUGAUGACUGGUUCCUGGUUAGUCAAGUCGUCAACGCGGAUGGCAUCGUUGCGAUUACUGACAGAGAAUUGGUGAAUGCCGUUUUGGAAAGGCAACUUUACUUCAAGGGGGAGGAUCUGAACGCGCUAGCUUCGACAGAAAUUGGCAGGAGGCUUCUCGUUUGGCGCCUUCUGAUUUACUGGUCAUUUAGAUUCCACGGAACCACUGUGACUGGCGGACCUAAGACUUUCUCGGAAACCUGGGGUGUGAACAACGUUGGUAUCAUGAAUUUUCCGGGCUCUACGCAACUAUUGGAUUUUAAUACUCUAAAAAACGUUGUCGACCAGUGCUGUACAUAA